AAUAUUCGAUAAACUGCCUUAUGACACUUUAUUAGAUACUGUUGCGUUGUCGCGGAAGGAUAUACUAGUUGCCCCAUUUUGCUUAUCGGAGCUGUUACCUGUUACCAAUUACCAAAAUGAAGCAUCAGCAAGUUGUUGUUGACUACUGGACCAUGCUGAAGACAUCGGCAUUGUGUCUGAUAUUGGCUGUAACGGGUUUUAUAUUUCUCAGAAUGGUGCAAACGAUCUUUUGGUUGCCCAAACGUUUUAAUCAGAACCAGGAACGAUUGGAAGCCUUGGCCAAGCAAUAUAGCGAACAAAUGGAUCCGGAGGAGCGAGCUGAAAUCGAAAAGCUUUUCAACAGCAAGGAACCCCUAACAGAGGCGCAAAUUAAUAAGUUGCUGGAUGGUUCCAAAUCGGAGAUCGAAGAGCCCAAAAAAGAACAGUAGACACUAAGUAUUUAAUACACAAAAGAAUUUUAAAUGAAUAAAUACAUAUCUGGAAAAGAAGAGCAGUGGAAAACCUAUAUAGCAAAUAUCCCACAAUCAACAGUAGAUACUAGCUAUAAAUAACCUACAAGAUUUCACCGGAAUAAAUAUUUAUUUUUAAUAUUUCUGAAAACUUUCAAUUCAGUAAGCGAUGAGUCCAGCUGGCAACAGUAGACACUAGCUAUAAAGUUCACAGAUUGUAUUUUGUUUUUAAACAAUAUAUAGCAUAUAUAUUUUGUUUAGUAUAUCAAGUAUGUUUUGAAACAAUAAUUGGUAUUACAGCGAUUUUACACAUCAUUUAUAAUAUUUAUAUAUCUUAAAACUGAGCAAUCAACUAAAUUGGCAAAACAUAAACGUAUAAUCAAUCAGCAA